AUGGACUAUAAAUUAAAAAUCGCUAUCUGGAACGCGAACGGGCUACACCAAAGAUUACCAGAAUUAAAAACCUUUCUAAGUAUCAAUAAAAUCGAUAUAAUGCUUGUAGCAGAAGCCCACCUAACAGAUAAAAACUAUAUGAAAAUACCACUCUACAAUAUAUACACCACUAAUCAUCCAGCUGGAAACAAAUUCAUUGCUGUUGGUGAUUAUAUCGCCAAGCACGCUCUAUGGGGCUCUAAAACAAACUCGCCCAGAGGAAAAACGCUAGAACAAACUAUACGAACACUAUCCCUAGAUACACUAACAACCAAUGAAUCAACCUACUGGCCCGCUGCAUACGACAAAUCACCUGACUUACUAGACUUCGGUAUAAUCAAAGGGUUAAAUAAAAUUCACUUUCAAGUACACUCCUGCUUUGAUCUCAGUUCAGAUCAUUCACCGAUACUACUAGACUAUCUUCACCAACCCGUUAUUACCCAAGCUAUGACAACAUUAUGCAACAAUACCACAAACUGGGCACACUUUAAAAACUACUUAGAAGUCAAUAUAAACUGCAAUAUACCAUUAAAAACCCCUGAACAAAUAGAAUCAGCUGUGAUUAAUUUUACUAAUCUUAUUCAAGAGGCAGGAUGGAUGUCCACUAAACCAGCAAAAUGUAAACGACAAUUUAAUUCAUAUCCAGAACACAUCAUUCAAAAAAUUAAGCUCAAACACAACGCAAUCACCAAAGAAGUGAAACAGCUAAUACUGCAGCAUUGCAAUGAUGAAUUCCACUCAUACAUCUAUAGUCUUUCUCCCAACGAAGAUACGAACUAUUCGUUAUGGAAAGCCACCAAACGAUUCAAAAGACCUACCACACUGUCCCAUGCCAUCAAGAAAUCCGACGGUAGCUGGGCAAGAAAUGCCCACGAAAAAGCUACAGUUUUCGCUGAACACUUAUAUAACACCUUCCAAUCUAAUGACAAUCACGUCAGCACAAGUUUUACAAUCCUGACAAAUACUGAUUACAAUCAAGAAAUUCCAAGAACCACCGUCAAGGAAGUUAAAAAUCUUAUCGCCGCCAUCUCAAUUAAAAAAACUCCCGGUUUCGACCUAAUUAAUAGAAAAAUCAUCAAAGAACUUCCACCUAAAGCUGUCAGAAUGUUAACCAUAAUAUUUAAUGCUAUACUAAGAACCCAAUACUUUCCCAUUAAUUGGAAAAUAGCACAGAUUAUCAUGCUACAUAAACCCGACAAAAAUCUGCACUUGCCAUCAUGCUAUAGACCUAUCCCUCUACUGUUCACACCAUCGAAAAUAUUGGAAAAAACAAUAUUGACAAGAAUGAAACAGAUAAGUAUAGAGCAAAACCUAAUACCGUCACAUCAAUUUGGAUUCAGAAACAAACACGCAACAAUGGAACAGAUACACAGACUUAGAAAUAAGAUUACACAUGCUCUCGAACACAAGCAAUACUGCACGGCACAUUUUCUAGAUAUAGAAAAGGCAUUUGACAAAGUCUGGCAUGAAGGUCUACUACACAAAAUUGAUCAAAAAUUUCCCAAGGCCUACUACAAACUCAUCAAAUCCUACUUAAAGCAAAGAACCUUUUUCGUCAAAUAUCUAGACGAGUGUUACGACAUUUACGACUUAGAAGCCGGCGUCCCACAGGGUAGUGUCUUGGGCCCAUUUUUGUACAUAUUAUAUACAGCAGAUAUUCCAACCGUGAUUGAAACUGAUACAUUUACAUUCGCAGACGACACAGCUAUACUAUCUGCCCACAAUGACCCAAAGACAGCGUAUGAUAACUUACAGUAA